ACGAAAUGUAGUGUAAAAAUGAGCGGGGAAGCCACAGCAGCCAUGUUUUGCGUUUAGAAGCAUUAUCUUUAAACAUGUUCAUUUAUUUAUCCUGUGGUCUGUAAUUAUAUAUCCAAUGCGUCAGUGAUAAUUUUAUUUUGAAAGUACUACUCGGAAGUCAUAUUUACACUUGCUCAUUUGAGUGUUAGAUAACGUAUUUGUUUGUAGGAGUAGUUGUGUGAUUUUGGCUUCUGGAAAACCUCGGACAAUGAGCUUCGGUGGCGGAAUUCAGAUACCGAUCCGUCUCCCAUUGCUCCUGACCCAUGAAGGAGUGCUCCUCCCGGGCUCCACCGUCAGGUUUAGUGUGGAUUCUCCGCGGAACAUGCACCUGGUCAGCCAGCGACUGUUGAGGGGGACUUCGGUGAAAAGCACAAUCAUAGGAGUGAUUCCCAAUACCAGAGACCCAGAGAGUGACACCGACGAGCUCCCCACUUUGCACAAAAUUGGUACGGCAGGGAUAGCAGUGCAGGUGGUGGGCAGUAACUGGCCAAAGCCCCACUACACCCUCCUCAUCACUGGAUUGUGCCGCUUUAGUGUGUCCAGUCUGCUGAAGGAACGACCCUUUGUUCUGGCAGAAGUGGAGCAGUUGGAUAAACUGGAACAGUACUCGACGCCAGCAAGAGAGGAUGUCAUAUCAGAUAAUGAAGAGCUCGGCCAGCUGUCCCAGAAGUUCUAUCAGGCUGCUGUGCAGUUGUUGGGUAUGUUGGACAUGUCUGUUCCAGUAGUGGCCAAGUUCAGACGUUUGUUGGACAGUCUGCCCAGGGAAACGCUGCCUGAUGUGGUGGCCUCCAUGCUCCGAACCUCAAACAAGGAGAAACUACAGGUGCUGGAUGCAGUGAGCUUGGAGGAGCGAUUUAAGAAGGCACUGCCCAUGCUGACCAGACAGAUAGAGGGCCUGAAACUGCUGCAGAAAACCAGGAAGAUGGGUCCUGAUGCUGAGAAGAGGGUUUUAUCGGUGCGCAAAGGUGGUGUGUUCCCAGGCCGCCAGUUCAGUCUAGAUGAAGAGGAUGAAGAUGACAAUGAAGAUGACACUGCAGCCUUGGAGAGGAAGGUUCAGGGGGCCAACAUGCCUGAAGCUGCUCUCAGAGUUUGCCUUAAAGAACUUAAGAGAUUGAAGAAGAUGCCUCAAUCCAUGCCUGAGUACGCCCUGACCAGAAACUACUUGGAUCUGAUGGUGGAGCUGCCAUGGAGUAAAAGCACCAAAGACUGCUUAGACAUUGGAGCUGCUCGUACUCUGUUGGACAGUGAUCACUAUGCCAUGGACAAGCUGAAGAGACGUGUGCUGGAGUACCUGGCUGUUAGACAGCUGAAGACGUCACUGAAGGGCCCCAUACUCUGCUUUGUGGGGCCCCCAGGAGUUGGUAAAACCAGUGUGGGACGUUCUAUUGCCAAGACUCUGGGCAGAGAGUUUCACCGCAUCGCUUUAGGGGGCGUGUGUGACCAGUCGGACAUCAGAGGACACAGACGUACAUAUGUAGGGAGCAUGCCUGGUCGCAUCAUCAAUGGUUUGAAGACAGUGGGUGUCAAUAAUCCGGUCUUCCUCCUUGAUGAGGUGGAUAAACUGGGGAAGAGCCUGCAAGGUGACCCUGCAGCUGCACUGCUAGAGGUCCUGGACCCAGAACAAAACCACAGCUUCACAGAUCAUUACCUCAACGUAGCCUUUGACCUCUCCCAAGUGCUGUUUAUUGCCACUGCAAACACCACAGCGACCAUCCCCCCGGCCCUGCUGGACAGGAUGGAGGUUCUGCAAGUACCAGGCUACACCCAGGAGGAGAAGGUGGAGAUAGCUCAUCGUCACCUGAUCCCAAAUCAGCUGGAGCAGCAUGGAUUAACGCCACAACAGCUGCAAAUACCACAGGACACCACACAGGAUAUAAUCAGCAGGUACACCCGUGAGGCAGGUGUUCGCUCCCUAGAGAGGAAGAUAGGAGCUAUCUGUCGAGCUGUGGCUGUAAAGGUCGCCGAAGGUCACAGAGUCACCAAGAGAGAUGCCCUGACCCCCAAGGGCCAAACACAGCAGGGAGAUAAGGCAACGCCUCCAGAGAUGCCCAUAGUGAUCGACCACAUUGCCCUGAAAGACAUCCUGGGACCUCCAGUGUUUGAAAUGGAGGUGUCCGAGCGGCUCACCCUGCCUGGUGUAGCCUUGGGCCUAGCCUGGACCCCCCUUGGUGGGGAGAUCAUGUUUGUGGAGGCCAGCCGGAUGGAGGGAGAAGGUCAGCUCACUCUGACCGGUCAGCUGGGAGACAUUAUGAAGGAAUCAGCCCACCUGGCCAUCAGCUGGCUCAGAGCAAAUGCCAAAACCUACCAACUCACAAACAUGGUUGGGGGGCCAGAUCCAUUAGAAGGGACAGACAUCCACCUCCACUUCCCUGCUGGAGCUGUCACCAAGGAUGGCCCCUCUGCUGGCGUUACCAUAGUAACCUGCCUAGCCUCGCUGUUUAGUGGCCGAUUGGUCAGAUCAGAUGUUGCCAUGACAGGAGAGAUUACAUUAAGAGGGCUGGUUCUGCCGGUGGGUGGGAUCAAAGACAAGAUUUUGGCUGCCCACAGGGCAGGAGUGAAGUGCAUCAUCCUCCCAAAACGUAACGAGAAAGACCUGGGGGAGAUCCCAGCCAAGGUCCGAGCUGAGCUCAACUUUGUCACCAUUGGAAACCUGGACGAGGUGCUGAAUGCCGCCUUCGAUGGAGGGUUUCCAGGGACAACCAGUGAGCACGUGCACCCUCAGCUCAGCAGCAAACUGUAGCACACUGAUGAAGCGCUCACAGUGAUAGCGUGAUGUGUAGAAAGUAUUCCUGAUAAUUUCAAAAUGAGUGUCUCAACUUUAACUCAGUCUGUUUUUCCCUAAGCUGCAGUUACAGGUUAGUACACACAGCUGUAAUCCUUCAUGUCAUGUUAUUGUCUAGCUUUUCAUGUUCAGAUUAUUUUCAUAUUGAAGAUCAUUUCAGAUUAAUAAAGCUAGUUUGCAGUCACAUCCUGUUAGAGAAUUCCAUUUACAUGGACAGUGCACAGUGACUCCAUGUUAUAUGAAGGCUUCAUUAUUAAUACAUAUUAGUUCAGACCAACUAGUUGAGCAGAUCCAGUGUACAUUACUGCUGUAGCCAAGUCAAGUGGACACUAGUGAUCAGCUAAAGCUCUAAUACCUUGACUUUCACAGUUGGUGGUGGGGUCAGGGUGAGAUGGUUUGUGUAUGUGAUAGUGGAACAGAGAAGAUGCACUGCGCCCUGAAUGGAUGGCUGUGGGCAGUCACAUAUUGUAAUUUGGAGAACGUUUGAAUUCAGCUAACCAGUGGAUAUUUUCUGAGCUCUUGUAAAGUAUUAGCUGUACAAAUUUGAUCUCAACUAGCAAAAGACUACACUUGAUAAUAUGCAUCAUGUAGGGUUAUUUUGUCCUGUUGAGGGAUGGAUAAAUAUUUCAUUGGCCAAAUAUUCUUAUGAUGUCUAACUGCAAAAUGCCAUUAGUCUUACAUAGUGAAUCAUACACAAAAUGCAUGGAAUCCUGUGUCUUUUGGCCAAGCUGAUAUUACAGUGAGAGAGAGACAAUGUUGUGAAAGGUAACCACACAAGUCAUAACCAUAACUGUAUAAAUCUGUGAAUAAUAGUUAAAAAAAAAUAAAAUAGUCUUAUGAAGCAUUAAAUUUGUUUGUAUUUUCGUUUAACCUCCAGUCACUUGGUAGUAAAGGGAAAAAUUUGCUUUGUUAAAGUUUUAGUCAUGGCAGCUUGCUGCUGAGAAGAAACCUGUUGCAGAGGUAUGGUAUUGCCCUUAAUAUCAAUCCUCUUGUCAAUGUUACCUUUCUUAAUCUGGUAAUGUUUUGUUUUUUUUUUUUUU